AUGUCUGAUGGUCUGGAAUCUCCGUUUGCUCUUGUUGAGGUUGAAGAAAGGGCUGCUCUGUGGGAAGAGGUGUGGAGUGGUGUUGAGGAAGAGAAAGGGAGGUCGAGAAGAAAUCUGCUGCGGGGUAUCUGUUUUGUGGCAAGAAAGAGACGGGACUGUGCGCCAGUAGCAGCAGCAACCCUGCCGGUCGUAGUCACGGGGUUGCUCGGCCGAUAUAUGGCUCUGAACCUUCUUUGGCAGAGUCUGUGGACCUCCGAGGGGAUCGGAGGGACCGGCAACGCUUUCCAGGUGCCCAAAGAGAAGCCCUAG